AUGGCUGGAGGAAGGAAUGGUACAACAGUCACCAAAUUCAUCCUUUUAGGUUUCUCAGAUUUCCCCAAGCUCAAAAUUACUCUCUUCAUAGUUUUCAUGGGCCUUUACCUCUUGGCAGUGACCUGGAACCUGAGUCUCAUUACCGUGAUUAGAAUGGACUCCCACCUACAUACACCCAUGUACUUUUUCCUCAGCAACUUAUCCUUCUUAGAUUUGUGCUAUGUUACCUGCACAGUCCCUAAAAUGCUCUCAGAAUUCUUCAAGAAGCAGACAACCUUCCCCUUUAUGGGGUGUAUUGUGCAAUACUUCUUCCUCGCCAUCCUGGGUCUGACUGAGUCCUUUCUCCUAGCAGCCAUGGCUUAUGAUCGCUAUGCCGCCAUUUGCAGUCCUCUGCUCUAUGCUGCCAUCAUGUCUCCCACUCUCUGUGUGCAGAUGGUGGUUGGAUCCUAUAUAUCUGGUCUCUUUGGAGCAAUAAUCCAACUGUGCGCUUUACUUCAGCUUGAUUUCUGUGGCCCCAAUGUCAUCAACCAUUUUUUCUGUGACAUGCCUCAAUUAUUAGCUCUAGCCUGCUCUGAAACCUUUUACCUCCAAGUCAUAAAAUAUGUGUUAGCAGUGAUCUUUGGUGUGCUAUCUGUCUUAGUCAUCAUGAUAUCUUAUGUUUAUAUUGUUGCAACCAUCCUGAGAAUCAGCUCAGCUGAAGGCAGGUCCAAGACGUUCAGUACCUGUGCUUCUCACCUGACUGCGGUGACCUUUUACUUUGGAUCAGCAUUCAUUGUCUACCUGCACCCCGGCACAAAUAAAUCUGUAGGCUAUGACAAGAUGUUCUCAAUCUUCUAUACAAUGGUGGUCCCCAUGCUGAACCCAUUGAUCUACAGUCUGAGGAACAAGGAAAUCAAAGAUGCCUUGAAGAGGUGUAAGAAGAGGACAUUUUCCCAUUGUCACAGCUAAUUAAGUGUCAGGUAGGCU